CGAAAUUUUUUCUAAAUCGCAUAUGACGACGACCUGGGAGUAGUAAACGUUUACAUAACACUUUCCUAAGGACAAGUUAAAAAUAAGUCAAAUUCAACGGAUAUUACAAGGAUUAAUAAUAAUUGAAAAUUUAUUGGAAGUUAACUUAUACUUUUACCUUUUUAUUCGAUCGUUUGCUAUUUAAAAAAAAUUCUACUGGUUAAGAAAUGCAAGACAUCCAAAAGUCUACCAUUUUCACCCUUCCGGACGAUGUACUUGCAUCUAUAGAAUUAAAACCCGAUCUUUCAAAUCAUAUUUCGGCGGCGCCUGAAGCAAAUGAAGAUACGGAAAACGCGAGAGAGUCUCGAAUCACUGACCCUACCCAAAAAAAUGUUUUAUCAUGUACUGUAUGUGGAAUAAAUGAUCUAAACAAUUUAGAGAACCGAAAACAGCAUGUUAAAACGGAUUGGCAUCGGUUUAAUGCGAAACGCGCAGGGGCAAGUCUUCCUUCGGUAUCUCAGGAUGAAUUUGACCACAUUUUAGAUAACCUGACAGAAUCCAUAUCAGGUUCAGAAAGCGAUGAUAGUUUAGACGAGGAUGAAGCUAGUAAAGCGCAUUUGGAAAAGGCUUUUCAAAAUUCUCUUCGAAUAAAUGAAAAACCUCAGCAAGAAAACGAAGAGUCUACAGAACAUAAAAAAUCACCGAUAGUUUGGUUCGAAGUAAAACAUCAAGAUUUAUCAAGUCCGCUAUUUCUUGGUAUAUACCGACACUUAUUUCCCUUGGAUUCCGUUAUAACAAAGGAUAAUCUCUUAGAAUAUCAAAUUGAAAACCAAAAGAAACCACUUCAGGUAGCCAUGUUUAUGUUAGGCGGUGGUCAUUUUGCCGCUAUGGUAGCUUCCAAUGAGGCUUAUGGAAAAUCUCCUCAGUCUUUUGCUACUCCCAAAGUUCUAGCCCAGAAAACGAUUCACCGAUAUACUACGAGAAGGAAACAAGGUGGAUCUCAAGGUGCUGCUGAUAAUGCAAAGGGUGGCAUCCAUUCCGCCGGUAGCAGUCUUCGUCGAUACAACGAGUUGGCAUUAAUUCGGGAUAUUCAUCAACUGUUUAAUGAAUGGAAAUCUCUACUGGAUAAAUGUGAUUUGAUAUUUGUCCGAGCAAUUGGUGCAUCAAAUCGAUCUAUAUUUUUUUCACAGUCGGAUCCUUUGGUUAACCCUAAGGACCCAAGAUUGAGGACAUUUCCCUUUACUACAAAACGUGCGACGCAUUCUGAGCUACUUCGUUGUUAUAAAGAACUAGUCACGCCCAAAAUCAGUAAUAUCAACACUCAAACCUUGGAUACUCAGCAACGAGAAAUCAUGAAAGAGAAUGAAGAAAGAAAAAUAAUUGAAAAAGAAGCUAGGGAUAAACUGGAAAAGGAGAAAAAGUUAUUGUCAAAACAUACUGAUGCAUUACUUACGAGUUUAAAAGCGAAUAAACUGGAGGACGCCUUAAAAUAUCUAGAGCUAAAUGCGUUAUCCAUCAAUUUCCGAUUUCACCCACUAAAUGUACAUAAUCAUACUUCUUCACCUUUACAUUAUGCAGUUGCUCAAGGAAACUCAAAGCUAGUAGCAAGGUUGCUUCGUGAAGGGGCGGACCCUACUGUACAAAAUGGAAACAAUAAAACUCCUUAUGAAAUUAGCUCUAGCAAUCGGGAAGUACGAGAUGAAUUCUCAAUUGCUCGAUACGAACUAGGUGAAGAAGCAUAUGACUGGGAAAUGGCUAAAGUUGGUUCAGCAAAGUCACGAGAUCAAAUAGAAAAACUGAGACAAAAAGCAAAGGCUCGUUCAGAAAGUCAAAAAGAAGAACGCGAACAACAAGAAGCACAACGACGCCAAGAAGCUAUAAAGAAAAUUCAAGAACAAGAGAAGAAAGAUUACGAUAUCAAUUUUGGUAAAGGUCAUUCCUUAGGAAUAAAUCAAAUGCGUAAGCAGGAUGAUCUGAAAUCUCUAAGUCCAGAAAUGCGACAAAGAAUUGAACGUGAAAAACGAGCAGCAGCAGCUAUGAAGCGUUUACAGAAGCGAUAAAAGCAGAAGACAGUAAGCAUCAUGUAUGAAUGACGAGUUUAUGAAAGAGAUACUAAUUUGUUUAAUAAAUGAAUAUAUAGAAAAUAAAGAUAUGUGAAAAUAAAAACUUAAAUUUCUAUUAUAGGGAGAGAGAAAGUGCAAAAAUUAUAAACCUCAAAAAC